AUGUAUAUUGAGAAACAUUCAGUUUACAUUAGUAAUCCUCUUUUGGGUGAGUAUUUCGAAGUUAAAUUGCCUGAAAGGGAGAUAAGUGUUAAUCAAGUUACUUAUGGAUUUUGCUUUAGCGAAGUCUCUAGAGAAUAUAAAGUAUUGACAUUAGUAGUUAGAGAGCAUAUUCACGUAUCAGAAUUGAAGAUUUAUACUCUUGGAGUUGGUGAGAAAUGGAGGAAUGUGAGUGAAAUUUCGUGUCCUACAAGGUAUAAAUUUGGCCAGGUUAUUGUCAAUGGUGCUCUUCAUUGGAUGUAUCACGAAGAAAAUGACAAAAUUUACUCCUUUGAUAUUGAGACAGAAAAGAUCAAGUCUCUACCAGCUCCGCCUGGUCUGGGAACUCCACCAUGGAUCUUGAAGCUAGCAGAGGUGGGAAAUUAUAUGUGUUUGACUGAUGAUAAAAACAGAUGGUCCGCUAAUAUUGAUAUCUGGUGGAUGAGAGAGUAUGGGGCUGCUGAAUCUUGGACUAAAGAUACCAUUAUGGUGAAUUCUCUUCCGCGGGAUUUUAAUAGGUUUAAUAUAAACCCAAUAUUAAUUUGGAAAGAUGGAGAAAUCUUGAUACAAAUUUCAGAUGCCUAG